AUGUCCUGGGAAGAAAGUUGCCUACAGUCCUGGAUUCAUGAAUGCUCAGCCUCUCUGGUCUGGGUGGCUGCGUGCGGCUAUGGCCUGCCUUGGGCAAAAUCCUGGUUGUUUUCUUCCAGCUAUGCGCCAUUACGGAACAUGGGCUGUGUUUGCGAGCAUGGGCGUGAUUCACAUCAAGUCAUGCGCGGUCUGGACAGCUCGGGCGUGUUCAGAAGCAGGUUUACAGCUCAGUAUCCAGAGGCGCUUGCAACCACUUUUGCUGCUCAGAUUCAAGUUCUCUUGGACAAACCAGGCCCUGCACUGCAAUUGCGCGAGGCCCUCACACUGGUGCCACGUAAGCCCAUGGAUCAGUUACCAUAUGCAGUUCAUGAUGGGGCGGGUCGUCAUUCGCACGCUGAUUGGAGCGCUCCCCGCACGCCAGAUCUGUUGCGUAACUUGCGCUCUUUCUUGCUUAAGGCCACUGCAUCCAUGAACGGCCCCUCCCGCCUGCUUCAGCGUCGCUAUGAGCCCAGCAAAGAACCGCUUUUCUCAGCUUCAGAGGCGUUGCGGCUCCGGCCGAUGCUUGGUUACAGCGGGAACAUCAGCCUCUCUGUUUGA